UACCUUCCACUUUGCCCUACUUUUAACCACCUUGAUGGCACAGCAUGGGAUUCCCUCACUGAUGAAAUUCAAUUUUGGUUGGUCCACAGCAUCACUGAGAAGCAUUCACCCAACUGGCUAUGGAGUUGGGAAUUUUUCUGGAUGGUGUUCAUUGUGGCCUUCCCUCAGUUCCCCCACAAUGUGUGGCUGACCUGGAAUCCAUUGAUCCCAAUGGAGGGUCCAUUC